AUGAAAGCACAAACUGAUGUAGAUUUUACAUCACCUCAGAAAGGAAAAAUGGCGCUUGAUGAAUUGGAUGAUUUAGGUUCUUGUCGACAAGUCAAAUCCACUUCGCUGAAUGAUGAAACAGAAAAUAGAAAGAAUUCAACACAAAUUCUUAAGCUUCAUCGCCAGAAAAUGCUUCCACUUGGAAAUUGA